AAUUUCUGCAUUUCUUCCAGAUAAAGAACAAAAAAGAAAGUCAAAACAAAAACAAACUCGUCAAAGUAAUUCACUGAGCCGACUCACCGAGUGAAGAAGAAGAUGAAUCGCAUGGUAACAAACUCAUCAAUGGCGUUGAUGAUGAUCAGAACAUCUUCAGCGCUAACUCACUCCUCCUCUUCCGUCAAUGGCGCUCGUCGUGUUCUCGCCGGCGGUGGUUUGAUGUCGCCGGGGUUUCAGCGUUGGAGCUUUGCGACGCCGGAGUGGCAUCGGAGUAUGUCGUCAUCUUCGGAGGGGAAAGCGGUGGAGGAGAGAACAAAGAUGGAGGCAGAGAAGAUGGAGAAGAAGAAGGAUGAUCUUCCGUUGGUUUCGAGCUACUGGUCGGUUCCUAGGAAUGAAAUUAUGAAGGAGGAUGGUAGUAAAUGGGCGUGGAAUUGUUUCAUGCCAUGGGAGACUUAUGAGGCAGACUUGUCAAUUGAUCUGAGCAAGCAUCACGUACCAAAAACAUUUGUGGACAAAGUUGCUUUCCGGACAGUGAAACUCCUGAGGGUUCCCACUGAUAUUUUCUUCAAGAGGCGGUAUGGUUGUCGUGCAAUGAUGCUUGAAACGGUGGCUGCAGUUCCUGGUAUGGUUGGUGGGCUGCUGCUACAUUUGAGGUCCCUCCGUAGGUUCGAGCAGAGUGGUGGCUGGAUCAAAGCAUUGCUUGAAGAAGCUGAGAAUGAGAGGAUGCACCUAAUGACACUGGUGGAAUUGGUGCAGCCUAAAUGGUAUGAGAGGCUUUUGGUUCUCGCUGUGCAAGGAGUUUUCUUCAAUUGUUAUUUUGUACUCUAUUUGCUUUCCCCUAAGCUGGCACACAGAGUGGUUGGUUACUUGGAAGAAGAGGCAAUUCAUUCAUACACAGAGUAUCUGAAGGACAUAGACAGUGGUGCGAUUGAAAAUGUGCGCGCUCCUGCUAUUGCCAUUGACUACUGGAGGCUGCCAAAGAAUGCUACUUUGAAGGAUGUUAUAACUGUGAUCCGUGCUGACGAAGCUCACCAUCGUGAUGUCAACCAUUUUGCUUCUGAUGUGCACUUUCAGGGCAGGCAGCUGAAAGAAGCACCAGCUCCUGUUGGUUAUCAUUAGAGCAAUACAUAAGUCUGCAUAUUGCCACGUAUAUGAGCUCCUGAAGGAUACAAGCGCGUAAAUCCUUGCAAAGCUUCUUAAAUACAGAGUGAUUGCUUAUUAGAAAUCAUAAUUAGAUUAACACCCUUUACAAGUCUCAUUUUUAUAUUUUUUGGUCCGGUUGAUCUGUUUAGUUGUGUUUGUGCGAUGCAUUUUUUACUCCUGUGGGUUUGUAAUAAGUAUAGGCGUGCGCAAUUCUUGUUUGAACUUUUUUAAGGCUGUAAUUCCUUGUCAUGUUUUACAGUUUUUGAAGGUCUUGCUUACCCAGGAGGAGCAUGUUAUUUUCUUGCAA